AUGAAUGGGGAUUUAGCAGUUGGAAAGAUGUCUUCCUCCACCAGUCUCACGUGCCCUAUCGACAGCCUGGAACUCUUGGAUCUCCUGUUUGACCGGCAGGACGGCAUCCUGAGACACAUAGAGCUGGGCGAGGACUGGGGCCACGUUGAGGACGAGGUCCUGCCAGGCCCGAACUCUGAUGAUUUCCUCAACUCCAUCCUGGGUUCUGGAGAAUCAGUGCCCAGCUCCCCGACCUGGUCUCCUGCGGCCAGUGACAGUGGCAUCUCAGAAGAUCUGCCCUCCGACCCCCAGGACACCCCUCCACACAGUGGGGUGGCUGCCACCCCGGCCAGCUGCCAUAGCGCAGAGUCUGGCAAGGGGCCCUGCCCCUCCUACCAUACUGGCCCUGCCUGCCCCACCAGGAACCUUGGGCCAGUGGCCCAAGGGCUUGAGGCUUCCGUUGCCAUAGACCUGGAAAUGUGGAGCCCAGGCCUGUACGCCGGGGAGCAGGCUGAGCUGGCCAGCUCACCCCCACACUGCAACCUCACAGUGAAAGACCUCCUCCUCUCUGGCAGUGGCGGGGACCUGCAACAACAUCACCUGGCAGCCCCCAACCUGUUGAGCCUUGGGACCGGGCACAGCCAGGAGCUGGUGCUGACAGAGGACGAGAAGAAGCUGUUGGCCAAAGAAGGCAUCACCCUGCCCACCCAGCUGCCCCUCACCAAGUAUGAGGAGCGAGUGCUGAAAAAAAUCCGCCGGAAAAUUCGGAACAAACAGUCAGCCCAAGAAAGCCGGAAAAAGAAGAAGGAAUAUAUUGAUGGCCUGGAAACUCGGAUGUCAGCCUGCACUGCCCAGAACCAGGAACUUCAGAGGAAGGUCUUGCAUCUUGAGAAGCAGAACCUGUCCCUCUUGGAGCAGCUGAAGAAACUCCAGGCCAUCGUGGUCCAGUCCACCAGCAAGUCGGCUCAGACGGGCACCUGCAUAGCGGUCCUGCUCUUCUCCUUCGCCCUCAUCAUCCUCCCCUCCAUCAGCCCUUUCGCCUCCAACAAAGCCGAGAGCCCCGGAGACUUCGUGCCUGUAAGAGUUUUCUCCAGAACUUUGCACAACGAUGCUGCAUCCCGUGUGGCUCCCAACACCGUGCCAGGCUCCGAAACCCCAGGACAUGGGCCCAAGGCUGGCGCACUUCAGGAAGGGUCUCCAAGCAGCCCUCAGGGGGAAUGGGGAUCCCGGGACCCGCCGGCUCCGGACAACUCGACGGAGGAUCUGGACAACGGCACCCUGGUCCAGGGCGACUCCAUGAAGGAGCUGGAGCGGGUCGCCCUCCUAGACUGUGCCCGGCCUGAACAAGCACUCGGCCCAGGGCGCGUGGGGCUGGAGGUAGCAGUGGGGGAGCUGUGA